GGAAAAGCGCGAGCUACGCUGCCUGGCACAGAGAGGGGACAACGCGCACACGGAGAAAGAAUAUCUUGCACGGAUGCCGAUGUAUUGUAUCACUCUGAGAUCUCAUGUCGCGCAAAGAGACAGAUGAAAGACAUCGACCACCUUAGACUCGUGGAGAGAUCUGCGAAAGCAAGAGCGCAGCUUUAUAAAGUAAAGCACUUAUCCCCGGAGGCUCAACUGUCACAGUAUGGAGAACAUCACAAGUCCCUUCAUCCCAAACCCAACAUGCAACAACAGCAUGGACUUAUACUAUCACAACUCUCCCAACCGGAGCGAUCUGAAUUGCACGCCGCCGGCUGACUACUUAUUUUACGCAGAUCUGUACGUGGUUCUCCCGGUCAUUUACUCCGUGAUAUGUGCCGUAGGUCUGACGGGCAACACGGCGGUCAUAUAUGUGAUCCUCAAAGCACCCAAAAUGAAGACGGUGACCAAUAUGUUCAUUCUGAACUUGGCGAUCGCCGACGACCUCUUCACUUUAGUGCUGCCCAUCAAUAUAGCGGAGCAUCUGUUACACUACUGGCCGUUCGGCGAAGUGCUUUGCAAAAUUAUUUUAAGCAUCGAUCACUAUAACAUCUUCUCCAGCAUCUACUUUCUGACAGUUAUGAGUGUGGACCGGUACCUGGUGGUGCUGUCGACCGUGCGCUCCAAGCGCAUGCCGUACCGCACAUACCGGGCAGCGAAGAUAGUGAGUCUGUGCGUGUGGCUGCUGGUGAUCCUCAUCGUCAUGCCCUUUACCGUGUUCGCAGGAGUCUACAUCAGCCCCGACGACUCCGACAGGAAAAGCUGCGUGCUGAGUUUCCCUAGUCCUGAAAGUUUAUGGUUCAAAGCGAGCCGGAUUUACACCCUCAUACUCGGCUUUGCCAUUCCAGUGUCUACAAUUUGCAUUCUUUACACCAUGAUGCUGUACAAACUAAGAAACAUGCGUCUGAACACCAACGCCAAAGCGCUGGACAAAGCCAAGAAGAAGGUGACUAUCAUGGUGUUUAUUGUACUGGCCGUGUGCCUGUUCUGCUGGACGCCCUUUCACCUCAGCACCAUCGUAGCGCUGACCACAGACCUUCGGACCACACCGCUUCUCAUCGGCAUCUCGUACUUCAUUACCAGCCUGAGCUACGCCAACUCCUGUCUGAACCCGUUCCUCUACGCCUUCCUGGACGACAGCUUCAGAAAAGCAUUCAAGAAGAUGUUAGAAUGUAGACCUGCAUGAAUGUAACGCAUUUUGAAGGGACGAGUAACAGGGUUGUGGACCAUUCAGAAUUUAAUUCGAUUCCUGGAUUUGAAUUAAGGUAGCAAACAGAUGCAGUUUAUGUAUUUAGCAAUUGGAAUAUACCUCAUUAAAAUAUAAAAUAGCCUAUAUUACCAAAUUUCAAAUAAAUAUUUUAUAUUUUAAUUAUAUAUAUAUAUAUAUAUAUAUAUAUAUAUAUAUAUAUAUAUAUAUCCUGUAGUUUGUGGCCAAUUAAAUUCAAAACUGGAUUUUUAAAUUCAAAAUUGUGUCCAGCCCUGAUUAAAAUAGUUAUGAUCAAAACUGAAUACUGACAGUGUCUCAAAACAAAACUGAUCAGCCCAUAUAGGCAUUUUAUUUUUUAAACCAUUAUCGUUCCAAUUCAGUAUUGUAGUUUCUAUCCAAUUAAAUUCAAAGUCACACUCAUAAACUUAAAGGGAACCAAUUUUAAAAUUCUAUUUUUUUUGCCCAAAUACAGUUCCAGUGAAUAAAAUAUCACUGUGUCCACUACUUCAGAAUCAGAUCCUGUCCCUGUGUGUUUUCCCAGUAAUAAAAGAAAGUAUCUUCCUGACACUAAAUUCUAAUAUGAGAGUUUGUCUCCCUCUUGUGCUCUCUCUGUGAUGAAAUAUUUUGAAAUGUGCUUCGGUGCAUUUCUAACAGCAGUGCCCUGGGAACUUGACGUAGGAAUGACAAAUAUGUGAUAUCAUUUCUGAUGUAGGAUGACAUGACAUGACAUAACAGCAGGGAGUCAUGUGUAUAUAUUUGUAUAGACCUGCUUUUGUCACAUGAAACGUCAUCACUUCCGAUCCAGCAUCACGGUAUCUUAAUAGCACAUUUCAGACAGAUGUUUAAACGUGCAUUCUUCUUCCUUUAAAUGAAUGAAUAUAAAUGUAAAACAUUUUUGUUUGUGUAUAUCAAGAGAUGUUGGUCAUGCAGAUCGACACAGUGAAGCAUACUGUUACAUGGCUUUUUAAAUAGGCUACAUGUUGUAAAUAAAAUGGAAUAAAUAAUUUGUCUUUCAUUUA